CUUUCGCUCUAUUCUUUUCUAUUAUGUUCUCAACUCAUUCCAUCUCCAUUUCUUAUCUUUUCUCCUCUGUUCUCAACUUCCAUAGUCAUUCCUUAUACAAAAUCAAGUCAAGCUGUUCCUCCGAUAUGAGGAAGAAAGCCCAUUUUGGGUUCUUCUUCUUCCUCAACCUCUUUUCGCUCAUCCCCCAUGCAUUCUCUCAAACCAGCACCAACAAUGUCGAUGACGCUUCCGUUAUGUUAGCUCUUAAGAAGAGCCUCAACCCGUCGUCUGAGGUUCUCAAAUGGUCCGACCCGGACCCUUGCCAAUGGGACCUCGUGUCCUGCUCAACUGAGAAGCGGGUCACGCGGAUCCAAAUCGGCCACCAGAACCUUCAAGGCACGCUUCCCCGCGACCUCCAUAGACUCACUGAGCUGGAACGCUUGGAGCUUCAGUGGAACAAUAUUUCGGGUCCUCUUCCCUCUCUAAGUGGGCUGCGCUCUUUACAAGUCUUGAUGCUUAGUAACAACCAGUUUAGCUCUAUCCCAGACGAUUUCUUCGCCGGAAUGUCUUCACUGCAGUCCGUCGAGAUCGAUAACAACCCAUUUACGGCUUGGCAAAUCCCUGAAACGCUCCAAAACGCCUCGGCUUUGCAGAACUUCUCUGCCAAUUCCGCUAACGUUUCAGGUCCAAUACCCGACUUCUUUGGCGACAAUGCGUUUCCGGGUCUGAGUCUUCUUCACUUGGCUUUCAACUAUCUCGAAGGCGGGUUGCCUGAGAGCUUUUCUGGGUCGCCAAUCCAGUCUCUUUGGGUCAAUGGGCAGCAGAGCACUCGUAAGCUUAGUGGAAAAAUCGAUAUUAUUCAAAACAUGACACUUCUCAAAGAAGUUUGGUUACAUUCGAAUGCCUUUUCGGGUCCUUUACCGGACUUUUCGGGUCUGAAAGAUUUGCAGAGCUUGAGUCUGAGGGAUAAUAUUUUUACGGGUCCAGUCCCUUCGUCUUUAAUGAGUUUGAAAUCGUUAAAGAUAGUUAACCUGACCAACAACUUGUUUCAAGGACCAAUGCCGGUGUUUUUAAGUGGGGUUUCUGUAGAUUUGUCUAAGAAUUCGAAUAGAUUUUGUUUGCCGAGCCCCGGGGAAUGCGAUUUCGAAGUGAGUACUUUGCUUUCAAUUGCCAAAUCAAUGGAAUACCCUCAAAGGUUUGCAGAUAAUUGGAAGGGGAAUGACCCUUGUGUUGAAUGGAUGGGAGUCACUUGUAACAAUCACAGCAUAACAAUCAUUAAUUUUCAGAAAAUGGGCCUAACAGGUACCAUAUCUCCUGAUUUCGCUUCACUUAAAUCCCUAAAAAAGCUUGUUCUUGCUGAUAAUAAUCUCACUGGGACUAUUCCUGAGGAGCUUGCUACUCUGCCUGCGCUUGCUGAGCUAGACGUUUCAAACAAUCACAUUUAUGGGAAAGUCCCUUCUUUUAGGAGCAAUGUGAUUGUGAAUACCAAUGUUAACCCUGAUAUUGGCAAGGAGAAGCCUAGUUCAUCUGUUGGGGGAACGUCUCCCAAUUCGACUAGUACUACUAAUGCAGGGUCCAAUAAAGGUGGCGAUUCUGGACAUCAUGGUAGGAAAUCGUCAAAUUUAGUUGGAGUGAUUGUGCUUUCGCUGAUUGGCGGUGUGUUUGUGAUUUGCUUGAUUGGCUUGGUGGUUUUCUAUCUGUACAAAACAAAGCAAAAGCGUUCAAGUAGAGUGCAGAGCCCAAACGCAAUAAUCAUUCAUCCUCGCCAUUCUGGUUCUGACAAUGAGAGUGUGAAGAUCACCGUUGCAGGCUCAAGUGUUUGUGUUGGCGCUAUUAGUGAAGUCACGCAUACAUUUCCAAGCAGUGAAGCUGCUGGUGACAUCCAAAUGGUUGAAGCAGGAAACAUGGUAAUUUCUAUUCAAGUUCUCAGGAACGUGACAAACAAUUUUAGUCAAGAGAAUAUAUUGGGGCAAGGAGGUUUUGGGACAGUAUAUAAAGGCGAACUGCAUGAUGGAACGAAAAUUGCCGUAAAGAGGAUGGAGUCUGGGAUAAUAGCCGGGAAGGGACUUCCGGAAUUUAAGUCUGAAAUUGCUGUUUUGACCAAGGUUCGACAUCGCCAUCUAGUUGCUCUUUUGGGGUAUUGUUUGGAUGGAUUUGAGAGGCUUCUUGUAUAUGAAUACAUGCCUCAAGGGACACUCAGUAGGCACAUCUUCAACUGGCCAGAGGAAGGACUGAAGCCUCUUGAAUGGAAGCAAAGACUGACCAUUGCCUUAGAUGUAGCUAGGGGUGUUGAGUAUCUUCAUGGUUUGGCUCAUCAAAGUUUCAUCCACAGAGACUUGAAGCCUUCAAAUAUCCUCCUUGGAGAUGAUAUGAGGGCAAAGAUUGCGGAUUUUGGCCUGGUUCGGCUUGCCCCAGAGGGUAAAGGUUCAAUAGAAACUAGAAUUGCUGGAACUUUUGGUUACCUAGCGCCAGAGUAUGCAGUUACUGGCCGAGUGACAACCAAAGUUGAUGUCUUCAGUUUUGGGGUGAUAUUGAUGGAGCUUAUCACUGGCAGAAAAGCACUUGAUGAGACUCAGCCGGAGGAGAGCAUGCACCUCGUAACUUGGUUCAGGAGAAUGAACAUUAACAAGGACUCUUUCCGCAAGGCAAUUGACCCUACAAUUGAUCUAAAUGUGGAAACACUUGCCAGUAUCAGCACCGUUGCUGAGUUAGCAGGACACUGUUGCGCAAGGGAACCGUAUCAAAGGCCUGACAUGGGCCAUACAGUGAAUGUCUUAUCCUCUCUUGUAGAGUUUUGGAAACCAUCUGAGCAAAACUCGGAGGACAUAUAUGGCAUUGACCUUGAAAUGUCGUUGCCCCAAGCACUGAAGAAAUGGCAGGCUUAUGAAGGUCGGAGCCACUUGGAUUUGUCUUCUUCAUCACUCCUUGCUAGCUUAGACAAUACCCAAACUAGCAUUCCCACACGCUCAUAUGGAUUUGCCGAGUCAUUCACAUCUGCAGAUGGAAGAUGAUGAUAAAUAGUUGUAAAUUAUGUUAAUGGUGUUUGACAUGUUCAUUCUAUUUUUGUCUCUUUUUCUUGUUGUAUCACUGAUUUACCCUCAUCCAAACAUUAGAUCUCUGACAAUAUGAGCUGUAAUGAAAUGUUUUGCAAAUGAAUUCAGAAGACUUUUUCUCAGCAAAA